CAUGAAACGGUCAGGGAGAAACUCCACAUUCUGAAAAGAAUACUGGGAUCUGAAGCCCACGGCUCAAAAGUGGGUUGUUGUCCCUGCAGGGGCACAUGACUGCAACUCAUGGUGGCAAUUUCAAGCCUUCAUCCAGAUGAUGACGGGAAUCUGAGAGGUCCUGUGCACGCAUUUACUAUUCCUCAUCAUCUGAAUUGGAUUCCAGUUUUUGGUCCUCACGAGGAUCCGAGGGAAGGGACCAGAGAACAUGGACAGAGCACUUUUGUUCCCUAUUGUCUUUGUUUUCAUGGGUGUGGCGGAGUCUCUAGCGCCUCUGACAGAUUUAGAAAACAUUUCCGGGAAGCUGUUUUUCUAUCAAAUGGAUGGCAACGCCACCUAUGCGAGAAUCACUGGCGAGCUGGCUUCAGAUCUCCCCACCGAGACUGUCUUUGAACUUUCUGAUCCGGGACAAAAUUACAGCACGGCCAAGUUCAGCUACACGUGGGAUUUAGGGAACGGAGAGGUGAUCCAGGGGACUGAGCCUCUUGUCCAUUACCACUACGCCUUAUCUGGAAACUACACACUUCGGUUGAAAAUUGGAGUCAAUAUGACCCAAUCCACACCUCCGUUGACUGAAAUCUACUCCGAGGAUGUACAAGUGCUUGAUGCCAUUAAAAGCAUUGAACUGAAGGGUCCUGCUGAUUAUGAGGUGUCUCAAACCACUGGCCUGGCUUUUCACGUGGAUGGAAGUCCCCCCAUGCAGGUGUGUUGGCGCUUCUUUCCCAAAUGUGUGCCCGACACGACGGGGGGCUGCACGCUGACCACGCUGUACGAGAACUCCUUGCGGCUCAACCACACCUUCACCUCGGCCGGGGUUCAUUGCCUGGAUAUCAGUGCCCGCAAUGACAUCAGCAAGCUGGAGACCUCCUUCAGUCUCUUCGUCAGGGAAAGCAACACUGCCAACUUGCUCUUCAUCCUGUCUUGCGCCGCGAUCCUUGUGGCAACCUUCUCUUUCAUCACUGUCAUCGCCUGCCACCCGCGAUAUCACAAGAGAUCUCAGAUGGCAGUGUCCAGCAAUGCUUUGUUCCUGAAGGGGCACACCGAUGGCCACAGCAGAAUUGUUUUAAACGUGCCCCACGGUGAAAGAGAAGAGAAAGAACCACUAUGGGUACGGAAUGCAACGUACUACUACUCUUAAUCAUUCUCAUCUUUUCUUUUGUUCUUUUGGGGGAGGAAUAUAAUUUCUUGCUUGGAAAUUAAUGCAAAACAGCACAGGUAUUGUACAGACAACAAGAAUUUACUUAGCAAAGUGCAAUACUUGAAACGAGACAGUUGGUAUAAUUUGAGGGGGACAGGUGUACAUAUUUAAAAAAAUCAGAGACAAGAAAAAUAUAAAACAGAGAUCUGUCUCUGUUAGAGGAGUGAAAUAUCCAUCUAUCUAUUUUUUUCCA